AUGUCGUACCCGACUUUGCCCACCAACUUCGCGCCCCCGACGCCUCAAAGGCCACUUCCCGGGGCAUACUUGCAGACCCCUGCUGUCGCUCGUAAUGGAUCGUUCCAAUCGCCUCCUCAGCAGCGACAGCCGCAGCAAAUGCAGCCGCAGCCGCAGCAGCAGCAGCAGCAACCGCAACAACCGCAACAACCACAGCCUCAAGGCAUCGCGUCACAAUCUCCGCUCAUGCCUAGAAUGCCACCGGUGGCUUCACAAGCUCAAACCCAGACCUUGACUACCGAGGAACGUGGCGCGCGCACCAUCAACGAGACUCUUUUGAAGGAAUCGCGGUAUCCCGACCUUGACAGCUAUCUGUCUCAGGGCUUCUCCUCCGAAUAUGACAUCCCCGUUUCCCAAUCAUGGGCUCCCUUCCAAAAAGUCAAAAUGUACAAUAUCCCCGACCAAAUCUUCGAUCAGUACAAUCGUGCCCAAGUAUCGACGAGCAUGGGUCUCUUCGCCGAGUUGAAUCACGCGUGGGUGGCAAUUGAUAAUGCGCUGUACCUUUGGGAUUUCACACACCCGAGUCCGCAAUUGGUUGGCUUCGAGGAUCAGCCAAACAGCAUCAACGCGGUCAAGUUGUUGAAGCCGCGCGCGGGAGUCUUCUUGCCUGCAAUUACUCACUUGCUGGUGGUCGCUACGACUGCCGAGGUGAUUUUGCUCGGUAUGGGUGUGGAAUCAACAUCCAAUGGAUCCAAGCAGGUCACUCUUUACCAGACUGGAAUGUCGGUGUCGGUUCGUGGACUCGAUAUCAACGUAUUUGCCUCGUCCGACGCUACCGGCCGCAUUUUCUUUGGAGGAUUAUCUGACAACGAUGUUUAUGAACUUACAUACCAACAAGAGGAAGGAUGGUUCCAAAAUCGCUGCCGCAAGAUCAACCACACCAGCUCCCGACUCUCCGCCUUUGCGCCAUCUCUGAGCUUUUCUAACCUCGCCGCUUUGUCUCAGAAGACCUCGGAAUAUGUGGAGCAGAUGGUGAUUGAUGACAGCCGAAGACUUCUCUACACUCUGUCCUCCACCUCUACUAUCCGAGUCUUCCACAUGAAGGAGGAUGGUGCCAUCUCUCUUGCAAUCACUAAAGCGGCAUUGGACAUCUACUCCAAUAUUGGACAUAUCAUCGCAUCUAACGAGACUUUGAAUCCUAAAGUGAAGAUCGUUUCUAUCAGUCCUGUCCCCGCUGCGGAGGCAUCUCGGUAUCACCUGGUGGCUACCACUGCCACUGGUUACCGAAUCUAUCUCAGUGCCACCAACGCUUAUAGCUGGGCACCGGCGGCCAACGGCAGCAAUGCACCUACCAGCAUGCAGGCCCAACAUGUCAAGACACCCCCUGUCGACAACACGGCCGCCUUUGCCGCCGUAUCAGCGCCCACCGAGUAUGGGGUGUCCCGACUGAACGCGGCCGUCACCAAAUUCCCGAUUCAGUCAUUGUCCCCGACCCGGAUGGCGACUCGAUUCCCACCUGGAUUUUUCUUUUGCUUCACUUGCAAGGACACCGCUCAGAGAAUGGAUACAUUGUUCAUCUCCUCGCCUGAUCCCGGUCGUCUUAACUACCAGCCGGAGAGUGUGAACAUUGCCAAGACUGCCGAGUCGGCCGUUUGGUUGAAUUUGGGUGGACGUGCGGAGGAUAUUGGUCUGUGUUCCACUGGGCCUCUCGGAAUCUCGGGAGGCGGAUAUGGCAACGAGCUGGCGGUUCAAUUUGACCAGGGAGCGGCUGAAAUUGCAAUCCUGACCAACAGUGGCAUUCACGUCAUUCGUCGGCGACGUCUGGUCGAUGUCUUUGCUGCCUUGGCGCGCAGUCGUGGUACUGCCGAUGGCGAGUCCGGCCUUGAACAGGAAGUUGUGAACUUUAUCAAGGCAUAUGGCCGCAACGAGACGGUGGCUACUGCACUUGCCGUGGCUUGUGGUCAGGGUGUUGAAGUUUCUCCCGAUCAGCGACUUACCCAGAUCAACGACCCGCACGUUUUGGACUUUGCUCGCAGGGUCUUUAUCGAGCAAGGUGGACGCCCGGUUCCUGAUGAGAAUACCGUUCAGGACAACAUCACUCCGGCUAUCGAUACCAUCCACCUUUCUCCCCGCCAUGACGGCAUUGCCUUGUACAUUUCGCGCCUCCUGCGGUCGAUCUGGAAGAAGAGCAUUACCAAGGUGGGCAAGGGACCGAACGGUGCCAUGUCCGUGUCUGCUUCGGUCAGCGCCGCCAAGCUGCGGACCAUCCAGCACGAUCUGUCCUCUCUUCAAGAAUUUUUCAAGGUCAACAAGAGCUUUAUCGAGGGUCUAACUGGACCCGAGGAGUUGGCUCGAGUGUCCAACAAGCAGCAAGAGACGGCACUGCAAGCCGAGCACCGUGCUCUGCACUCCCUGGUUCAACUCGUAUCCCACACUAUUGAAGGCAUUUCCUUUGUGCUGGUCCUCUUCGAUGAGCGAGUCGACGAGAUUGUGGCUACCUUGCCUGACGAGUCAAAGGAGAAAUUCCUCAAGUUGACUUUCGAAGAGCUCUUCAGCACGAGCAAGGGCCACGAUAUUGCCAAGGAGUUGGUCAAGGGUAUUGUCAACCGCAACAUUGCCAAGGGAUCCAAUGUUGAGACCGUUGCGGAUGCUCUUCGCCGCCGGUGUGGUAGCUUCUGCAGCGCCGAGGAUGUGGUUAUCUUCAAGGCGCAAGAACAGCUCAAGCGUGCGACGGAAGCCGGUGCUAACUCGGAGUUGGGUCGCAACUUGCUGAACGAGAGUUUGCUUCUUUUCCAGCAGGUGGCCGAAAACCUUCCUAUGGAUUACUUGGUUUCGGCUGUGGAUAACUAUAUCGCUAAUCAGUUCUUUGCUGGCGCCAUCUCACUCGCCCUUCACGUUGCUCAACGCUCCGACAAGGCCAACAUGGCCCUUUCAUGGAUCAUGGACGGCCGCCCCGAACAGGUGACCUUUCCCUCCCAAGAUGGCUUCCCCUGGCUUAGCCAUCAACCCUCGCUCAUAUCUCGUCAGGACCCCCGCAAGCAAUACUUCCUCUUCCGCAAACAAUGCUACGAUCUUGUUUCUAAGGUCAUCGUCGCCGUGGACACCCAAGCUGCUUCUGAUCCCAAGGUCAUUGAUGGUCAAUUGACUGUGAUUGCCAAGCGACAGAACGAGGCUUACGGUGUCAUUACCGACUCCUCUGACGAGGUAUUCUUGACCAGUCUGUACGAUUGGUACUUGGAGCAGGGCUGGAGCGAGCGACUCCUUCAGACCCAGUCGGCAUUCGUUGUCAGCUAUUUGCAGCGCAAGUCUAAUGACGAUAUUGCUCACGCCGAUCUGUUGUGGCAAUACUACGCCCAGUCCCAGCGGUUCUUCGAGGCCGCCGAGGUCCAAUUCCAAUUGGCUCAGAGCUCGUUUGCGCUACCACUCGGCCGACGCAUCGAGUACCUGGGCCGUGCUCGUGCUAACUGCUCCACAUUAACCCGCGAUGUCGGCCGUCAGGAACGUCAGCGCCUACUCCAGGAGAUUUCCAACCUCAUUGACGUGGCCAACAUUCAGGAUGACCUCCUGCAGCGUCUCAAGGAUGACGAUCGUAUCGCUCCUGAGCGCAGGACCGAAGUUCUCCGUGAUGUAGAUGGCCCCGUCCUGGAUAUCAGCACGCUCUUCAACCACUACGCGGACCCGGCGAGCUACAAUGACAUCUGCCUGCAGAUCUUCUACAUCGGCGAUUACCGGAAUGCGGCGGACAUCAAGUCAACCUGGCAGAAGCUGAUCCAGGAAGUGCACCAACGCACAGUGGAUCGCGGCACACCGCAGCCAUUCGAGGCGGUCGUCGAAAAGGUUCGCAGCCUUGGCAGUCGACUACGGAUGUCGGAGACGGUCUUCCCCGUCCGCGAGCUCCUCCCCAUGCUGGAACGGUAUUCGCUAGAGUUCCAACGCGAGGUUGGCGCGAUCUACUGGGUGGUUGAUCUGUUCCUGGAUCUGGGUGUUGCCCACGACGCACUCUUCACCGUUUUGGAGGCGAUGUUCUAUACCGACGAGGCGCCCUUCCACGGGUCGAACCGCCGGUACAUUGCCAAGGAUUUGCUGUAUCUGUUGGAAGGAUGGUUCCGGGAAAGUGCCCGACUGGGUGGCAUGGUCUUCGGAGGAGACAGCCAGGCCGAGCGAGUUUCGGAGAUCUUGUUGAUGAUUAUGCAGGCGGGAACUGCGACGACACCGGAGAUUACGGAGCGGUGCCAGGAAUUGCGGCAACGCAUUGAGGAUUUGCUACGGUGA